UACAAUAAGGCAGGUUACACUGAUUGCAAUUGUUAGGGAAAGUCCCUCUUGCAAUCAUGUCUUGCCCCCAUAAAGUGUGACACACACCAAGGCCCCACCCAUUUUUUUUUUUUUUAAAGGAGACAUUAAAAUUCUUCCGGUAUGCCUGUUUGGCACAAUCCUCUGCUAUCUAACGGCAAGUGAUUCUAUCAGAGGAGAAAGCCUUGUUAUAAGAAAGAAUUAUUCUUCAGGGCCAGAAGAACCAUAGGUCUUGCUCCUAGAGAAACGUCCACUGGGCGCGGCAGGGCUGGUGCGCUCUUUCAGCGCCCCAAGCCUCGUGACAGGCACAUCUGAGAUCCAGAAUAUCAGGAUUAGGGGGAGAAGGGAAAAUGCCCUCAGGACGUGGUACUGGGUGUGCACGCGGGAAUGCCAAGCAGUUUUCAUCGUUACUCUCCUCCCUCGGUUGCCACAGAAAAAGUCUUUCUUUGGAGGAGGUACUUGGUCGCGUUUCUGUAAUAGAUUCCCGGGGGAUUCAAGAUCUCAGGGACGCAGACUGCGCUCCCGGCCCGCGGAAGGGUGGGAGCCGGGAGCGCAGCGCCCGCUCUGGGGAGCCCAUCCUCGGGCGCAGCUCCGGCCCGGGCACUCGGCCCCUCCCGUGUCCGGGCGCCGCCUCCUGGGAGGGAAACCCUAUAAGUCAGGGCGGACCGCGUCCCUCCUGCCGGUCUCGGUUCAGUCCGACUCCAGGGUGAGCGAGGUCACGCGCUCCCCGCGCCCCGGCACCCGCCCCAGAGCAGUGGUGUGCCCGAGCCAUGGCCCACGAGCUGUACCACGAGGAGUUCUCCCGGGCCGGCAAGCAGGCUGGGCUGCAGGUCUGGAGGAUCGAGAAGCUGGAGCUGGUGGCGGUGCCCCAGAGCGCUUACGGCGACUUCUACGUUGGGGAUGCCUACCUGGUGCUGCACACCGCCAAGACCAGCCGGGGCUUCUCCUACCGCCUGCACUUCUGGCUGGGAAAGGAGUGCUCCCAGGAUGAAAGCACAGCAGCUGCCAUCUUCACUGUUCAGAUGGAUGACUACUUGGGUGGCAAGCCAGUACAGAGCAGAGAACUUCAGGGCUAUGAAUCUACUGAGUUUGUUGGUUACUUCAAAGGCGGACUGAAGUACAAGGCUGGCGGUGUGGCAUCUGGACUAAAUCAUGUUCUCACGAAUGACCUAACAGCCCAGAGGCUCCUGCAUGUGAAGGGUCGGAGAGUGGUCAGGGCCACAGAAGUUCCCCUCAGCUGGGACAGUUUCAACAAGGGCGACUGCUUCAUUAUUGACCUCGGCACCGAAAUUUUUCAGUGGUGUGGUUCCUCGUGCAACAAGUAUGAACGUCUGAAGGCAAACCAGGUAGCCACUGGCAUUCGGGACAAUGAACGGAAAGGAAGAUCUCAACUAAUCGUGGUGGAAGAAGGAAGCGAGCCAGCAGUACUUACAAAGGUUUUAGGGAAAAAGCCAGAGCUUCGAGAUGAAGACAAUGAUGAUGACAUAAUAGCAGACAUAAAUAAUAGGAAAAUGGCUAAACUUUACAUGGUUUCAGAUGCAAGUGGCUCCAUGAAAGUGACUGUUGUGGCAGAAGAAAACCCCUUUUCCAUAGCUAUGCUGCUUUCAGAAGAAUGUUUUAUUUUGGACCAUGGUGUUGCAAAACAAAUUUUCGUAUGGAAAGGUAAAAAUGCUAAUCCCCAGGAGAGGAAGGCUGCCAUGAAAACAGCUGAAGAAUUCCUGCAGCAAAUGAAUUAUCCCACUAAUAUCCAAAUUCAGGUUCUUCCAGAAGGAGGUGAAACACCAAUCUUCAAACAGUUCUUUAAGGACUGGAGAGAUAAAGAUCAAAGUGAUGGCUUUGGAAAAGUCUGUGUCACAGAGAAAGUGGCUCGAGUAGAACAAAUUCCAUUUGAUGCCUCAAAAUUACACAGUUCUCCUCAGAUGGCAGCCCAGCACAAUAUGGUGGAUGAUGGCUCUGGCAAAGUGGAGAUUUGGCGUGUAGAAAACAAUGGUAGGAUCAAAAUUGACCAAAACUCAUAUGGUGAAUUCUAUGGUGGUGACUGCUACAUUAUACUCUACACUUACCCCAGAGGACAGAUUAUCUACACGUGGCAAGGAGCGAAUGCCACAAGAGAUGAGCUGACCACAUCCGCCUUCCUGACUGUUCAGUUGGAUCGGUCCCUCGGAGGACAGGCUGUGCAGAUACGAGUCUCUCAAGGCAAAGAGCCUGUUCACCUGCUGAGUUUGUUCAAAGACAAACCGCUCAUUAUUUACAAGAAUGGAACAUCAAAGAAAGGAGGUCAGGCACCUGCUCCCCCGACACGCCUCUUUCAAGUCCGGAGAAACCUGGCAUCCAUCACCAGAAUUGUGGAGGUUGAUACUGAUUCAAAUUCACUGAAUUCCAAUGAUGUUUUUGUCUUGAAACUGCCGCAGAAUAGCAGCUACAUGUGGAUAGGAAAAGGUGCUAGCCAGGAGGAGGAGAAGGGAGCAAAGUUCAUAGCAAGUGUCCUCAAAUGCAAUCCCCUAAGGAUCCAGGAAGGCGAGGAGCCAGAGGAGUUUUGGAAAUCCCUGGGAGGGAAAAAAGACUACCAGACCUCACCGCUACUAGAAACCAAGGCUGAAGACCAUCCACCUCGACUUUUCGGCUGCUCUAACAAAACUGGAAGAUUCGUUAUUGAAGAGGUUCCAGGAGAGUUCACCCAGGACGAUCUGGCAGAAGAUGAUGUCAUGUUACUGGACACUUGGGAACAGAUAUUUAUUUGGAUUGGAAAAGAUGCUAAUGAGUUGGAGAAAACGGAAUCUUUGAAGUCUGCCAAAACGUACCUUCAGACAGACCCUUCUGGAAGAGACAAGAGGACACCAGUUGUCAUCAUAAAGCAGGGCCAUGAGCCGCCCACCUUCACAGGCUGGUUCCUGGGCUGGGAUUCCAGGAGGUGGUAAACUGAUUUUUUUAAAAAAAGAAAACGAACAUACAUAACUGGGAAGUUUUACUAUUGCUGUUUGGGAUAGGCCAGGGAGAAAGCUUUUUGUUUGCUUUUUGGCUUAAAAAAAUUAACUUUAGCUAAAUGGCUAUUUUUUUUUUAAUGCCUAGUAUUGGUUUGAAAUUCCUUUUAAACUGGAAUUUUCUUAUGUUAAUAUAUGAAAUAGCCUAAAAUAAAUCUUUGUUAUGGGCUAAUAUUAAGUCUUCUGGAAACUGAUUUGUAUCUUUUUAUAUGACUUUUUUAAAGUAAAAGUGCACAAUGUAGAGGCCCAGCAGAGCAUUUUAUACAUGGAAUUCAGCAAUCACUAGCCAAAGUUCUUGAACGCCAGAGAAGAAACCUAUCAUGCCUUGGAAGGUUACUAUAUUUUCCAUUUAUUGUGCUCAAAACAAUUGUAUGUUUGUGAUAAGGUUCAUGUCAAGAUACCUUUUAAAAUUUGUUAUUUUCCUUCUUUAAUGAGUGUGACUUUAAUACUUUUAACUUCUUGGUAUAAUUUUCUAAGAGGAACUUUCUUUUUUGCCUUUUUAAAAGCCUUUGGAAGCACAGCCCUUUCAUCACAUAACAAAUUGUAUUCUUAUCCAUUUAGAUAUACUUUUAAUAGUACGUGUUUAAUAUCACAAAAGAUAUAUACAGAAAAACCUCACUAAUGUUAUUUUGCAAUAUUAAAACAUCUCUAUUUG